CCCACCACAGUCUUAACCCGCCCGCUUAGGGAAGUCUACUGCGCCGAGUAUGACUGACGCCGCCAUGUUUAUUUGCCCAGCAAUAUGGAGUUGUUUGGGUGGCAGACUGUGGGGUGUCAUUAAAUAUCAGUGGUGCGCCGGAUUGAUAGCAGAAACGAGAGUCCAGUACCUGUGAAAGCGAGUGGUCUACGCGCCAUUCAGAAAGACUACACUUCAUUCAGUUCGGAGUUGUUGAUGAAAGUCAAGAGAGAUCAGGAUCACGAGCAAGACUCACUGAGGCCGAUUCACCUGCCAAAGUAAAAGCCAAGCCUGUGGAAAUAUGAGUUCUACAGACCUGGGUGCAGCCUUUUCUGUUGUUCACUGCUGCUGUCACAGAAAAAAAACUGGUUGCACUCAACAGGAGGGGUACCCAUCCUGAAGCAAAACAUUUGGUUUGUAGAGCAAUGCUGAAAGUGUGAAGGAGCGUCAUGAACAGAUACACUACUCUCAAGCAGCUUGGAGAUGGGACCUAUGGUUCUGUUCUCCUGGGAAGAAAUCUUGAGUCAGGACAACUGGUUGCUAUUAAAAAAAUGAAAAGGAAAUUUUAUUCUUGGGAAGAGUGCAUGAAUCUCCGAGAGGUCAAGUCGCUGAAGAAAUUAAACCAUGCCAACGUAGUCAAACUGAAGGAAGUUAUCAGGGAAAACGAUCAACUUUAUUUUGUGUUUGAAUAUAUGAAGGAAAAUCUCUACCAAUUGAUGAAAGAUAGGGUCAAGUUGUUUCCUGAAUCCUCUGUAAGAAACAUCAUGUACCAGAUACUGCAAGGAAUGGCCUUCAUUCAUAAACAUGGAUUUUUUCACAGGGACAUGAAACCAGAAAAUCUUCUGUGCAUGGGACCAGAACUUGUUAAAAUAGCUGACUUUGGACUUGCCCGUGAAAUUAGAUCUCGACCGCCUUAUACUGACUAUGUCUCAACAAGAUGGUACCGUGCCCCUGAGGUUCUUCUGAGGUCCACUAAUUAUAGCUCUCCAAUUGACCAAUGGGCAGUUGGCUGUAUUAUGGCAGAACUCUACACACUAAGGCCUCUGUUUCCUGGUUCAAGUGAAGUAGAUACAAUAUUUAAAAUCUGCCAGGUAUUGGGGACCCCAAACAAGAAUGACUGGAGUGAAGGCUAUCAACUUGCUGCAGCGAUGCACUUCCGCUGGCCACAGUGUGUCCCCAGCAACCUAAAGACCCUGGUUCCUAAUGCCAGCAGUGAGGCAAUCCAUCUCAUGAGGGAUAUGCUGCAGUGGGACCCAAAGAAGCGGCCUACAGCUAGUCAGGCACUUCGUUAUUCCUAUUUCUGUGUUAGUCAAGCCUUGGGGACUCCACAGCAAAUGCAAGAGCCAGGAAAACCACAAACAAAGCCACAACAAUUACUCCAGCAACUGAAACCUGUGCCUCCUCCUCAGCCCCCACCUCAACACCAUCACCGCUCCCCAUCUAGACCCUUGCAACAAAUCCAACCUGCUCAGCACCCAGCAUACCCACACAAGACCGAUUCUACACAUGAGCUGUUUGACAGAGCAAUAAAACUGGAGGGAAAGAACCAGCCUCACCAGCCUCUCUUUCCUGUGUUAAAAGCCAAAGAGCAUUUGCUGAAAGCAGCAGCACCAGGGACAGAAAACACAGGCACUCCUGUUUUUCAUGGCAAUCCAAACAGCAGUAGAAGAAGAUGGGGUCACAUUUCAGGUGUUUUGAAAAGCUCAGAUGACUGGGAGGAUUUUGAGGAGAUAGAAAUUAGUUCUCUGAAUAAAGCAAAGAUGGCAAAUGAAAAAAGGAGACAAGGAGAAGACGCACUGGGCAGAUUUGGAAGUAUCUUGGAUCUAAAUCCACCAAACAGCAAAGGGAUUGGCAGUCAUCCAAAUGUAAAUAACUUGCUUCCGUAUCAGGAUCCAACUACAUCUAGGGUGACGUCGGCCAAACAGCAUUACUUGAAACAGUCUAGAUAUUUACCAGGCAUAGGCGCAAAAAAGAAUUUAGCAACCAAUCCAAGCAAAGACCACACAACAAGCAAUCUGUGGGCUGGUGUCGGUUUGCCCCUGGGAGUCGUUGGUGGAGCUUUACCAGGUAGCAGAACCACUCCCGGUCCCAGUUCAUUGCCUGGUGGUUAUGCGUUUCUUAAGAAGGAAGUAGGUUCUGCUGGCCAAAGAGUGCAACUGGCACCACUUGUAGAUCCACCUCCUAAUAAUGCAUCCCAUCGAAGCCAACCCCCAACAUUUGUUCCGCCUUACAAGAGCACACCUGGGCUAGUGCCACGGCCACCACCUGUGCAAGCUAUCCACGGGAGGACAGACUGGGCUUCAAAAUAUGGUGGACAUAGAUAAUACUUUAAUAUACGAGGCGUUCACAAUCUCCCAAUCCAGCAACAUAAGCAAACUGAAACAGGACAUAGUAUCAGUAUCCAUCUGCUUCAUAUAAAAUUCUACUCAAGUGCAAGACGACAAGGCAGCAGAAUUCUCACAAUGAGCAACAUACUUACAUGUUAGACCAGUCACUUUUGUGAAUACCAGGUAUAUACAGUAUAUGUGAAGAAAGGGCAUACUGUAUAAUGCUACAUUCAAUUUUUGUAUCAUUAUAAUGGUCAGUCAUUAUUCUAACACUAUGCUUUUCAUUUUUGGGCAGGGGAAAACAUGUGCAUUAUUAAUAUACAGCAAUAAUGUGUUUAUUUUGUAACUUUCUGUAAAUAAUGUAUAAUCUGUAUAGCCAGGUUUUAAAUAUGGCUAUAUUGGUAUCAGUUUACUGUGUAGAAGAUGUUGUUUCUGUAUAAGUUUUCUAGAAGAGUAAUUCAUUUAUUUUAAUGGGAAUGCAGAUUGCGUAUUUCAACAGUACUAUACUGCACAAACCACCACUGUGUGAAUGUUUUAUUUGAGAGGAACACUAAAAGCAAAACUUCCUGAUACAGUGAGGUAGUCGAUUUCACAAAUAGGUACUUUUUAUUUAGUGCUUAAAUCACAAAUCUUGUGCAUAAUUUUCUGUUACCUUAUUCGAAAACAAAGAGUACUAUUAAGGCAAAACAUUGCAAAAGCAGUUUUCUGAACACUUAUGGCUCAAUUUACAGUACAUCUGUGAUGCUUUGUGUCAUAAUGCUUAUUUUAAUUGUAGAUGUUGCUAUAUUCAUUUGUACUUGCUGCCAUUCUUACCAGUAAUCUGUUCUUUCUGAUUCUGAUUUAGUUAUGCUUAAUAUAGUUCACAGACCACAUUUCACAAAAUGCAAUGGAAACCAAAGCAGUUGUGUACUUUUCCGGCUUUUGUGUCUCGGUUAAAUUGUGUUCAUAAUCAUUAAAGUUGCUUUUCCAGAUUGACCUGUUGUUGGACUUAAAACCCUGCAACAUUUUGUGCAUACACACAAAUACAUGACAUACUCAUGUUUGCAAAAUGUGGUCUGGAAUCUCUUGAACGUGUAAUGUGCAUAUACCAUAGAAAUGUACUAUUACAUUUACAAAAAAGUACAGUGCCAUUGUUCAACUCAAGAUUAAAACGGUUUCUGCUUUAUGUUGAGUAAAACGCUAUGCUAUUUGACCAGUAACUACAGGUUCUGUGUAAGGUAUCUGAUUUUGUUAUUGAUUACAACACAAUCGUUUAGUUUAUAUUUAUAUUUUUGACAAAGCUGGCCUUGCAAUUUAGAAUACGUUGUAUAGAUAUAUGCUGGCCGCAUUUGAAGAAAAUGUAUUUUUAUACUAUUGGCUUUUUUUUUUUUGUACAACUGGUCAAUCACACAAAGUGUUGUAUGCAAAAAUGACUAAAAUAUAUCCAUUCCAAAAAUGUAUUCUAUUUCUAUAUUUGAUAAAUGCUUCAUUUGCUGUAGAAUGCCAACCGAUUUCUUAGAAAUGCUGGUUAAUGAAAUAUUGAGCCAUACGCAAUCCUACAGUUCAGCUGUUAUGUUAGUUCUACUUCGGGAACCUGUUUUUGAUACACUAAAGAGUAAUGGAAAUAGUAGCCAGCUAUUUUUCUACAGGUCCACUUUAGAACUUUGUACAACAUAACAAACGUUACUAUUUUAUAAACAUUAAAACAUGUUUUUAACAGUGGAA